UUCCCGUGUUUGACGUAGGUUCGAACCCCCACCUGGGUCAAAUUUUUUGUUAGGAUUUUAUCGAAAAGACGCGAAUAUUUUUUUCAUUCCGAGGCUUAACAUUGUGUUUUCUGAAUCAUAAAGCUUGAGAAAAAAACUAUUGUUACUAUCCGUCCAGUGCGGUAGUAAUUUCCCGCCCUUUGAGAAAAUAAAGUAGACAUUAACAUUGACAGUAAAUUAACCUGUUAUUUCUUUUGUUUUUUUUUAGAUUACAAUACUUAAAACAAUGUGUGGGGUGAAACAACAAUACAAGUUAAAUCAGAACUCACAAAAAUUACUUCGAUACGGUUUUCUUGUUAUUGGAAUCGCUCUCUGCUUCAUACGUGGCGUAGAAGCCACAACAACGUGUCUUUCACAUCAAGAUUGUAAAAGGUUUGAUGUUGAAAGCUGCUGCAUGGCUGUUAGUAAACACAACGGAGUUUGCAAUCCCAUGUUGGCACGAAAUGCUGCAUGUCGUGCAUACAGUGUAAAGCUGGUAUUAUUUGGAGGUGGAGGGUAUGGCGUGAAUUAUUGCGGAUGUAAACGUGGUCUCAUAUGUAAGAAAAUUGAACGCAAAAAUUGGGCAGUGAAGGAACGCAGAUGGAGCGAGGAUAAAAAAAGGUUUAAAAAGAAGUAUAAAUAUCGUUGCAAACCAAUCCAAAGAGAAGCAGUAGAGAUACAAGAAUUGGAAUGAAAUUGAAAAAGAUGGAAAUGCUUUAUCAAAAUGUAAGGACUUGGUGCGGACCUUGCGUCAGUAUUAAUAAACGAGAAAAAGACAUAAUGGCGAAGGAAGCUGCAUAUCGAGUUUGGCUUCACGAAGCCUAUCGAGUUUUGUUUCACGAUCUUGUACCAGAAUCUAAAAAGUUCUAGAAAGGUGGUUAAAGCACAUAUCGUUAUUUUAGACAAGCUCAGUCUAAAUGUCUACUUUGCUCCCAUAGUAUUUAUUGAUAAUUGCAACCCAUUUUUUUAACGUCGAUUCACCGAUACAAGCAAGAGUCCAAAAAUUGCCUACAAACUAAUUGAAAAUAGAUCAAUUUGAUAGUUCAACAUGAUCACUGGAAGAUAUUUUUUAUUUCGAAACAUAAAAACACUUUGAUUUUCUUACUUUCACUUACAGUUGUACACGUUGAGUAAAACCAAUAUGUGUUAACUCAUUCUAAACUGGAACACUUUCUUAUGUGUAAAAAAAUAUGUUUUUAUAUUGA